AUGCCAUUUAGAGAUAGUCUUCAACCGGAUACUCGUUAUUUAACUGAUGGUUCAUUAUUUCAUGGUUAUUUUUAUCAAUAUGGAGAUAUUUGGUUAGCAAUUACAUUUUGGUGUACAGUAGUUACAACAAUUUCAUAUUUAAUAUCAGGGUUUGUAGCAUCAUUUGUAUUAAAGAAAUCAAAAUUUUCACCUUUUAUACCAAUUUUUACUGCAAUGUAUGGUAUGGCAAUUGGUAUAUGUUAUGGUGGUAUUUCAGCACUUAUUUUAAGUGCAAUCUACGUUUCAGGUAGUUUUUUAUUAUCUUGGUAUCAAGGUAUCAUUUGUGGUGUUGGUUUGGCGAUAGUACAUCUCUUAUUCGCUUUUACUCAAGGAAAAUUACAAGUUUAA